CUGGGAGGGGAUUUCCUCAGGCUCCCUCCCCCAAGGCAGGGUGGCUGGGAACCUGCCAGACAAAUUUAGUUCGAGGAGGGGCCAAGGAUCACCCAGAAACAGGGCAAGAACUUCAGGGCAGCAGAGGCACCCCCUCGGCCAGGGACGUAACACAGAAAGCAGCCUGCCCUGCCUGGGACCCUCCCGCGGGAAGGAGGACAAUGGCUGCUACUCAUGGUUUGGAGAUGAAGGUUGAGAAUGUGGGUAGAGACAUGGAAGAAGCGCUGGAGGAAGAAGAGAAAAUGAGAGAGGAUGGGGAAGGUGAAGACCCCUUCAAGAAUAAAAAGGUCCACAAGAUUGUCUCAAAAUGGAUGCUUCCUGAAAAUGCCCGAAGAACAUACUUGGAGAGAGCCAACUGCCUCCCACCCCCAGUGUUCAUCAUCUCCAUCAGUCUUGCUGAGCUGGCAGUGUUUAUUUACUAUGCUGUGUGGAAGCCGUAUAAGCAGUGGAUCACCUUGGACACAGGCAUCUUGGAGAGUCCGCUUAUCUACAAUCCUAUGAAGAGGGAAGAAGCCUGGAGGUUUAUCUCAUACAUGCUGGUGCAUGCUGGAAUUCAGCACAUCUUGGGGAAUCUUAUUAUGCAGCUCAUUUUGGGUAUUCCCUUGGAAAUGGUCCACAAAGGCCUCCGAGUGGGGCUGGUGUAUCUGGCAGGAGUGAUCGCAGGAUCCCUGGCCAGCUCCAUCUUUGACCCACUCAGAUAUCUUGUGGGUGCUUCAGGAGGCGUCUAUGCUCUGAUGGGAGGCUAUUUUAUGAAUGUUCUGGUGAAUUUUCGAGAAAUGAUUCCUGUCUUCGGAAUUGUCAGACUACUGAUCAUCAUCCUUAUAAUUGCAUCGGACAUGGGAUUUGCUCUGUACCGAAGGUUCUUUGUCCCGACAAAUGGGUCAAUGGUGUCUUUUGCAGCUCACAUUGCAGGUGCAUUUGCUGGAAUGUCCAUAGGGUACACUGUGUUUAGCUGCUUUGACAAGACACUGCUGAAAGAUCCACGGUUUUGGGUAGCAAUUGCAGCUUAUUUAGCUUGUGUCUUAUUUGCUGUGUUUUUCAACAUCUUCCUAUCCCCAGCAAACUGAUCUGCCCCUAACAGAAACCAAUUAAUAAAAAGAGCCAUCUGGGAAAACUGGAGAACUCUUAAGAAGAAACGGAGAAGUCCCAGCAAAUGCCAACAAUUUUAAAAGAAGGCAGAACACCACUGAAAUCAUCAGUUACAAAGACUUCUAACAAAAGGACUUAGGUUUUAAGGAAGGAGCUCCUGAAUGCAAGGGGAGGAAAGAGGAAGAGAGAAAUGGAAGUACAAACCAGAAACUGGGUCUCUCCCAGGCAUAUGGUAUGCACGCAUGCAUCCUCUAAGAGACUUGUUCUUGGAGGUUGUAUCGUAGAGGUGGCUUGAUAGAGUCCAUGAGUACUGCACUAUGCUGAUAAUAAACCUUUUCAUACUUGUGUCGGACUACUGAAAAUCACUUUUGAUCACUGUUCCAGCAGACAGAUCACUGAGGUGUUUUAUACACAUCAUUGCUAAUCUUUUUUUAUUGUUUAUUUUUUUAAAUCUUCACAUGAGGAUAUGCUUUUUGAUUUUUAGAGGUGGGGUGGGGGAGAGAGAAAGAGAGAAGUAUUGAUUGGUUGCCUCUUAUAUGCACUGUGACUGGGCAUCAGACCUGCAACCUAAGUAUGUGCCCUGACUGGGGAUCAAACCAGAAGCUCUUUGGUGUAUGGAACAAACCCCCAACCAACUGAACCACCUGGCCACAGCUACUGCUCAUCUUUUUAAGAACCCAGAAAGGUGGCUAUUCUCUGCAUCUGAGAGAGGAGGACAUAGAAACUUUUUUCUUUUAAGAUUUUAUUUAUUUUUAGAAAGAGGGGAAGGGAGGGAUAAAGAGGGAGAGAAAGAGUGAUCAGUUGUCUCUUGCACGCUCCCAGCCAGGGACCUGCCCAGGAAUCAAACCAGCAAUCUUUUGGUUUGUGGGACAAUGCUCAACCCACUGAGCCAUACCAAUCAGGGCAAUGACAUGGAAAUUCUUUAAAAAAUCAAGGAAGUUGCCUAUGAGGGGGCACAAUUUAAGACGGGUAAAAGACUUGAAAGCCCGUACUGUCCUCCCCUACUGGUCUGACAAUGUUGUGUCCCCCAAAUACUGAAAGUUAAGAGUAUUGUGGGAAUAUAGGAAUAAACAUUUCUCUGGGUGCACCAGGGAUAGUGGAAAUUUACAGGAGAAGACAGAACUCUCUGGACUGGUAGUUAAAACUGGAAAUAAGAAGCAUAAUUGGUAGGUACAAAAUAGACAGGGGGAGGUUGAGAAUAGUGUAAGAAAUGGAGAAGUCAGAGAACUUAUAUGUAUGACCCAUGGACAUGAACUAAGUGGGGGGUAAUGCUGGAGGGAGGCAGGGUACAGGGCAGAGGGAGAUAAAGGGGAGAAAAAAGUGGGGCAACUGUGAUAGCAUAAUCAAUAAAAUAAACUUAGGAAAAGAUUCUAAUAGCUUGUCUAGCAUCCCAAGGCACCUGCAACUGGCUUUCUGGGGCGCACUGUGCACCCGUAAGAUUCUCAUCCUUCACACGGCUACUGGUUCUCCUAGGAGUGGUUAGAAUUUAUGUACAGAAGGUAAAAAUGUAUCUGAAAGCUGAGAUGCCUGUGUCUUUUUCCUGUAGAGAACCCAGACUGUUGGCCAUUCUUUUUCCAAAACAGUAGUUUUAGUUUAUCUGAACACAGGAAAUACAAUCUUUCUUCUCUUAUCAACAUGUUUUAUUUAUAAACACCCAUGUAAACAUGUUGCUGUCUUCUGAAAGGAGCACCUACACUUACCACAGUGAGAAAAGUGUUCUAGUAUUUUGAAAAAAGCUGGUCUGGAAUUUAAAUUUUUUUAAAAUUUGAGUAUGAGAAUAUGAGUAUGUCCUUGGUUAAACAAAGAUUUGAACAAUAACUUAAAAAGGUAGCCCUCCUUUAUUCUCUCCCUCCCAAAAUGCUUUGUCCCUGGUGACGACCACUGUUAACAGUUGGGGGUGGAUUCUACACCUUUUUCUAUUCAGGAGGGGCGGAAAGGGAAAUGUAUUUUGGUUGAUGGCUGUCUCUACUCCACUGCACUGGAUUGCACUGACUCUGCUUUAUACCCCAAGGGGCCAAAUGCAGAGAACAAGUUGAAGAUGGCCCUGGUAUCACUUCUAAACAUGAUGUGCUUUCAGAUUUACCUGACCUAAGAAAGAUUUGGGUUAAUUAUCUCUUUGUUUUAGCUAGUUAAAUAUACAUGUGAAAUGUAGGUUUUAGUAGCA